AUGGCGAUGAAGAAAAACCCAAGAUUAACACCCACCAAACACAUCAUGCAGAAGAACGAACAAUCGAAGACUACGGCGGCUCGUCACAUGCAACGGGUCGUGACUUGUCACAUUUCUAGUAGCACAAUCACCAUGCCAGGUCAGUCUUAUUCUUCUGAAGAUGUGCAAAUUGGUGACAUAUUUCUAUCUAAGAAGGAUUUAAAGAUGCGGUUAUCUAUGUUAGCAAUUAGAGGUAACUUUCAGUUUAGGUUGAAGAAGUCGACCACAACAUUAUACAAAGUUAUAUGUUUAGUUGAAGAAUGCAAAUGGAGAAUUCGAGCCGUUAAAUUGAAAAUUUGUGAAAUAUUUAAGAUCUUUAAGUAUGACAAUGUCCACACAUGUAGAAAUGAAAUAUUGACUAACGAUCAUAGACAAGCUUCUAGUUGGGUUCUUGGACAUCUAAUUUCGUCGAAGUUUGAAGAUGUUAGUUGUUCAUAUAGACCGAAAGACAUUGUCAAGGAUAUAAAACAAGAGUAUGGUGUGAGUUUAAGUAAUGACAAGGCAUGGAGGGCAAGGGAAGAAGCGUUAGUGCUUGUUUGGGAGUCACCAGAAGAAUCGUACAAGAAGUUACCUAAAUUUGGUGAAGCCUUACAAAUUGAAAAUCCUGGUUCAACCUUUAAAUAUGAUUUGCAAGAAGAUAAAUAUUUCAAGCACGUCUUUAUGGCUCUUAGUGUUUCCAUAAGGGGGUUUCUGAACUGCAUUCACCCUAUUUUAAUUGUAGAUGGAACACAUUUAAGGGGUAAAUAUAGUGGUAAACUCCUGCUUGCGAUUGGGGUCAAUGGAAAUAUCAAAUAUACCCAGUCGCAUUCGCAAUUAAGAUGUGCAAUUGGGCAAGUUCAUGAUUUGGUUAUAGUAUCAGAUAGACACCCUAGCAUAAAAAAGGUAAUUAUCAUAGUCUUCCCAGAAGCAUUUCAUGGUAUCUGCAUCCAUCAUUUGAAAGCUAAUUUAUUAGUGAAUUUUAAGAAUAAAGAUAUUUUGGAUAUUUUCGAUAAAGGAGCGAAGGCAAGUCGUGAGUCUGUGUUCAAGUACCAUUGGAGUCAAUUUGCAGGGUAUCCAGGUACACGCAAAUACCUAGAGGAUAUCGGUCUUGAGCGAUGGGCUAGGGUGUACCAAUGUAAUAGAAGAUACAAUCGGAUGACAACAAAUCUCGCUGGAUGA